CAAUUACUUUGUUGCCAACUUGUACAUUAAAAGUGUCCGUUCGUGCAUGUGUUUUCCAGCCGUGUGCAUAUGACAGAUUGGGCUGCCAAAAUUAAUUUUGGUGUACUUCUUGCAUGGUAAAGUAGCCUCGUAUAGUUCUUUUAUUCCACAAGAUUUUAACAUUUAGUCUUAAACAUGUACGAUAGCCUGCCUGACAUUUGACUGCACUCGAGGAGCUUUUGCUCCCUACGGCUAUGAUUUCAACACGAGAAUGUCAUCUUUCCUGGGCUAUAAAUUAAUUUGAAAACUGACGACAAUGUGCCUUUGCGCUGCACCGAAUAAUAAAAAGACGAUUUUCUUCGUGCUCGGUUGGGCAUAGCAGGGGGAUAUCUGACAUUCCGAAAGUCGUUUAUAGUUGGUGUGAAUUGUCGACAUGUCAACUUUGGCUCCUCUGAGCGCAGACGUGGUCAGGACCCGGUAAAGCAAGGGAGGAGGCAUUUUGUGUUUGCAUGCUUGCUGGCGAAAUCGAGAAAAGUGACAGCAAUUUGAGUCUGCCGUUGAAAAUAGCUUGUCACUCUGUGCUCAAAUAGCACAUGCUAUAGUCGUUUUUAUCCCUCAACUUCAAAGGAAUGCUCCACCUUUUUCUCCAUUUCCCCUUUGUUCUUCUAUUUUGCUUUACCAGUUCCACUGGUUAACAUAUUACAAAAAUUAGACACAUUUAGCCUCUUGCUUCUUGUCUAAUAAUUUAACAUUUGUUGACACGCACAUUCAGUUGGACGCGACAAAAGCCUUCAGCCUGUAUUGAUGUGUUAUCAUCAUCACGGCUCUUUGGGACUGUGGAGGUAGAGCAGGCACUCCACUGUGCCUUUAAGUGGAGGAGUGCUGGAGAUUAGCUUGGUCCAGGAUCCUGGGCCCAUCUGUCAGAGAGAUGCUCCGACAGCGAGGAAGUGUUGGGAACAAGCAGGAGAACCAUCUGCUCCUCCAUAGAGGUUGGGCGACCAGUUCUAUAAGGACGCCAUAGAGCAGUGCCGCAGCUACAAUGCUCGCCUGUGUGCUGAACGCAGCGUCCGCCUGCCAUUCCUGGACUCACAAACCGGUGUGGCCCAGAACAACUGCUACAUCUGGAUGGAACGACACCACCGCAGCCCCGGGGUUGAAGCCGGGCAGAUGUACACAUACCCUGCCCGCUGCUGGAGAAAGAAGAGACGGCUGCAUAACACCACGGAUCCCCGCCUGGGCAUCUACGGUCUCAAGCUUGACAGCGUGAAGGACACUUUGCCCACCCAGAGCACCACGCUGGAGGCUCUGCUACGAGGAGAAGGUCUAGACAAGAGGAACAGCUCUAAGAACGAUGAGGAGAGCCUGUUGGAGAUCCAGAGAGUUCUGGAGGCAGACGCAGCAGAAGAUGCUUUCAAUGAUGAUGACGACUAUGAGGUGGACACUCCCAAGAGGAGACAUCGGGGCAAAGGAAGAGGUCGGGGUUCAGGCCGCCGUAAGGCAGAAAUGGAUGAUGACAAGCCAUAUGUCUGUGACAACAGAUACAAACAAAAGCAGAACUCAAAAUCUUCGGCCUCAGUCUGUGCAAAGCGCUACAGGAACCGUACAGGACUAAGCUACCACUACACCCAUUCCCACCUGGCAGAGGAGGGCAGAACCGGAGAGAGAAGCUCAGUGUCGUCUAAGUCCCCCUCUGCACAACAAACUGACAGACACAAACGUCCAAAGGGUCCAGGUGGGACCAAUAUUUCAAACAACUACUGUAAUAAAUGCCAGGGCUUGAUCAAGAAAACGGGUAAAUCUGGAUCUCCCUACUCAACCUGCCAAUGCAAAACUGACCGUGGAGAAGAGAAGGAAGAUGGGACUUUUACUGGAGCAGAGGAGCUGUUUGGCACCACCUCAGAGAGCGACACCUCCACCUUUCACGGCUUUGAAGACGACGAUCUGGAAGAGCCCGCCACAAACAGCAAUGGAAUAUCCAACCGACACAGAUAAAAAGAACUUUUUAGAUUGAAAGAGACAUUUUUUAUAUGGAUUAACCUCUGGCAAAAAUAUGCUGCUUCUUUUUCAAUGUUUUUUUGUUUGCAGAAAGCACAAAGUGAUAAUUUCAGGACAGAAAUGCAAGUGGUAUUUUAUCUACUGAACAUUGUUGAAUAAUUUAUGAACACCUUUUUCAUAUAUAUAUAUAUAAAUAUAUAUAUAUAUAUAUAUAUAUAUAUAUAUAUAUAUAUAUAUAUAUAUAUAUAUAUAUAUAAAAAACUUUCAUGGCUAUGAAGGAUAGUGUUUUAUUGACUUGGCCUCCAUGCAAAACAGAAGAUGGAGUGUUUUUUUCCCCCGUUACUGGAGCAGGAGGAGCAUAAACGUUACGAACAAAAAACACUGGAGAAAUUUGAACUAUUGAAAAUUUUAAAGGCAUAAAUGAUACAGUAUAUUUGGAAGAUGAUUGAAUGUCAUUGCAGACCAUUCUUAAGCUACUGGGUGUUUUUGAAUCAGUAGUCAGGUGCGACUAUGAAGGUCUCUGCUUCUGCUCUAAUUCUGGAUUAAACUUGUAUGAAAAUGAAGGAACCAAUGGAAGAAUUGCCACAGGCCACUGGAAAUGUUUGAAAAUGAAGACACCUUUAAAUAUAGUCUUUACAGAUAAAGGAGGACU